UCUUCCUCCUCCUCCAUUGGAACAAACGCUGCAUUCAUCUGGUCCAGACUGCAGACUCGCCGCUGCUGCAGGAACUUCCACUUCACUUUGGAGCAGCAGGCUCAAGUCAGGCCGACAAUGUGGAGAGUGUGCGGGGUGGUUUGCGCGUGUUGUCUCGCUCUCCUCGCCCAAGACUGUAGCGCCCAGUCGCAGAGGAGACCCUCUUUUACAUGUGGGGGAAACAUCACAGGACAAACUGGAAUAAUCGGGAGUCAGGGGUACCCUGGUGUUUACCCUCCAAAUACUAAAUGCGUGUGGAGGAUCACAGUGCCAGAGGGCAAGGUGGUGGUGCUGACGUUCCGCUUCCUCGACUUGGAGAACGACAGCCUGUGUCGCUACGACUACGUGGAUGUGUACAGCGGUCACGUCAACGGGCAGCGACUCGGCCGCUUCUGCGGCACGUUCAAGCCGGGGGCGCUGGUUUCCACAAGCAACAAGAUGACCCUUCAGAUGGUGUCGGACGCCAACACAGCCGGCAGCGGCUUCCUGUCCGUUUUCUCCGCCGCGCAGCCGAACGAGAGAGGGGAUCAGUAUUGUGGGGGCAGACUGGACAAACCUUCCGGAACAUUUAAAACUCCCAACUGGCCCGACAGGGACUACCCAGCUGGUGUCACCUGCUCUUGGCACAUAGUGGCACCAAAGAACCAGAUCAUUGAAGUCAAGUUCGAAAAGUUUGAUGUGGAGCGAGAUAACUACUGCCGCUACGACCACGUCUCCAUUUUCAACGGCGGCGAGAUCAAUGACGCCAGGAGGAUCGGGAAGUACUGCGGGGACAGCCCACCAGCGCCCGUGUUCUCGGAGGGGAACCAGCUCCUCGUUCACUUCCUUUCAGACCUCAGCCUGACCGCGGACGGCUUCAUCGGGCAUUACAAGUUCCGCCCCAAGAAGUUCUCCAUCACUACAACGCCACCGCCCACCACCACACAGCCGGUCACCACCAGGCCCAUACGUAGGGGCGGGGUCUGGUGGGGUGGCGCAUGGCGCGGAGAGUCUGCAUGUGAGUGUCUGGGCGUGAGCUGUGGCCGACAGCAGCUUCUGCCACUCAAGUACUCAGUGGAUUUGUGCCGGCAGAAGUGCAAACGACGAGGAACACUUGAGAGCAACUUUUGCUCCAGCAACUUUGUGAUUACUGGCACGGUCAUCUCGGCGGUGACGCGCGGCGGGAGCGUGCACGCCACCGUGUCCAUCAUUAACGUGUACAAAGAAGGCAACCUGGCCAUCCAGCAGGCGGGCAAGACCAUGAGCACCAAGAUGGUCAUCCUGUGUAAGAAGUGUCCGUUCGUCAGGAGAGGCUCUCUCUGUGUGACCUCACCAGGCUUGAACUACAUCUUCAUGGGCCACGUGGACGAGGAGGGCCGCGGCAAGGUGGGCCCCCACCACUUUGUGCUGGCCUUCAAGUCCAAGAACCAGAAAGCGCUCAGCGUGCUGAAGAACAAGCGCUGCUGAGGGGCAGAGCCAUGUAAAUCAACAGCUACCUGAGCAAAACAUCGUUUAGAUUAGGAUUCAUUCACUAUGCAUUAUACUUGGAGCUCAUAUAUUCCUCCUCCUCCUCAAAAAAUAAAUAAAUCAGCGACUAAAGUUCUAUUGAUUAAAAUCAGAAUAAUGCACAUAAAAAUGUAAAAAAAAAAAAUAAAAAAAAAAAAAUGAAACAAUUAUUUUACACUGAUGUUUAGCUGUUAAACAAUAUUUACUUUAAAAGUGGAUUUAUUUAAAAAAUAAAAUUAUUUUGACCAGAGUUUUAAAAUUAGCCCCAAAUUAUGUUAAUGAAGUUAAAUGAACAACCAAAAAAACGCUAAUUUAUUUAAAACUAUUUCAUGUGAUUUUUAUAAAUUAAGUACGAUUCUUCCCUGCAGCAAUUUGCCAGUCACGUGUCGAGUGCAAAGAAGUAUUAAGGGCAGCCUGAAAAGGAAAAAAGUGAAAUUACACUACGAGAUUAAAGUCGUAAUCUUACGAGAAUAAAUAUUUUUAAGAAAGAAAGUAAUGUUUUCAGAUUAAAAGUGAUAUAUUAUGUCAUAUAUUAAUAUUGCAAGAAUGAAGUUUUAUCAUCUCAAAAUACAAUAUAACAACUCUUUAUAUAAAAUAUACAACCUUUUUCUUGUACAAUGACGACUGUAAUCUUGAAACUAUACAAUAUGCCAUUUUCCCUCAAAUACAGUAUAGAUUAUUCUUGUAAUAUUAAUCUCAGUCUAAUUAUUUAUCUUUUUUUUAAGGGUGGCACUAACAAUUCCAUAUUCUAUGGAUCUGUGAAGUAUGAUGAACAUUUAAAAUUCCAAAAUUUAUGUAGAUCUUUUUUAAACAGUGCAAUAUUUGAUACAUAUUGUAUAAACUGUAUAGUACUUUAUGACCGUUACCCUUACUGUAUUGCUUUUUAAAGACAGCGCUAUUAGAUAUUUUCAUAUGACAAAGAAAAUAUGUGAAUAUUAUUUCUAUUUUAUUGUUGUCAUGCGCCUGCGAUUGGCUGGCAACCAGUUCAGGGUGUACCCCGCCUCCUGCCCGAUGACAGCUGGGAUAGGCUCCAGCACGCCCGCGACCCUAGUGAGGAGAAGCGGCUCAGAAAAGGGAUGGAUGGAUGGAUGUUGUCAUGCGCACUAAUAAAAGUCCUGUCAUAAUUUGA